AUGCAGUGGUUCCCGGUGUUGAUUAUGUUUGGUAUUGUUGCAGUGUCUGCGGUGGAAUGUGAUGUACCGGGAUUGUCAGUCAGUAAAAUCGAGAACUUAAGCCACAAUCCGCGACCCUUAGAGGAUGAUGCGAAGAAUCCAAUCGUCGCGGAUGCGUCAAAUAAGCUGUCUACGGAUGGUUAUGUUGUGUUCCCUGGCCAGUUCCCACAUCAUGCACACCUGGAUGUUAAAUUUGAAGAAAGUGUUACAACUGCCCAAACUUCCGGAUCCCUCAUCACACCAAAUUAUAUCCUUACCCGCGCGAAUGUGUUUCGCAUAAGUAACCCUUAUGGAUCAGCAGUUUUGGGCAUCGGCGAUGGAAGUGACACAACAAUGCAGCAGCGUAUCAACUUCACCAAAAGUGGUGUACAGGUUCAUCCAUCGUACGAUAUUGCAACCAUUCGUCUGGAACAUUCGGUUACCUUAACCAAGUUUGUGCAACCGAUUCGUUUGCCUAGACUAUCCGACACGCGCAAGUAUGAGAUGAUGGAGGGCACAAGCGUUGGCAGUUUUUAUGGACCGAGAAGAUAUUCACGUAAUCAGAUAAUGUCCAACGUUGAUUGUCAUGAGCAACAUCCAUAUGCGUUCAUUUCAUCAUAUGACAUUUGCACGAAUGCCUACGUAGGAGGCUCGUUUUGUAAAAUGGCGUAUGGUUCCGGAUUGAUUGUUGAGGAUGAAAAAGGACGUAUACUGGUUGGAGUUACGUCUUCAAUUUAUGCUUGUGAACUGAACUAUCCGACGGUUUAUGCGCGUGUAUCUGAGCAUCGUGAUUGGAUUGGUACGAACUCGAAUUAUGUGUUUGAUGUUUAG